AUGGCUGAAACUACCAGUCCCCGUACUGCGCAAUAUCAGAGAGUCGAUUCGCAACCUGAGAACCCUUAUGCUCAGUUGAUCGAGGACCAAUCCAUUGCGGUCAUCCCUUCUUUCAAACUUGAAUCCGGUGUCACCCUUUACAACGUCCCAGUCGCAUACACCACGCGCGGAACACUCGCCCCCAAUGGUGAUAAUGUGUUGGUGAUUUGUCACGCUCUUAGUGGCAGUGCCGAUGUCGCUGACUGGUGGGGUCCUCUUCUUGGUGGUCCGGGCCAAGCAUUUGAUGUCUCUCGUUUCUACGUCGUCUGCCUCAACAGUUUGGGCAGCCCGUACGGAAGUGCAAGUGCUGUGACUUACAAGGAUGGUAAGCCUGAAAACGGCUACUAUGGACCUGAGUUCCCCUUGACGACUGUCCGUGAUGAUGUCAACAUCCACAAACUCGUCCUGGAUGACCUCGGUGUCAAGCAGAUUGCUGCGGUGGUGGGAGGAUCCAUGGGUGGAAUGCUCACCUUGGAAUACUCCUUUUUCGGCAAAGACUAUGUGCGAGCUAUUGUGCCCAUUGCGACUUCAGCCCGCCAUUCCGCAUGGUGCAUCAGCUGGGGUGAGGCACAGCGGCAGAGCAUCUACAGUGACCCGAAGUAUGACGAUGGCUACUAUCCAUUUAACGACCCGCCAUCUACCGGGCUCGGUGCAGCUCGCAUGUCAGCACUUCUCACUUACCGUAGCCGCAACUCAUUCGAGUCUCGGUUCGGUCGCAAUGUACCUGAUCCAACCAAGCCGCGUAACAUCAACGGCACCGAGAAGCUCCCCACUCCCCCGAACGAGCACUGGGCCAUCCACAACGACGGACACCGUGGCGGAGCAACUUCACGCUCGGAGAGCAGACAAGGCUCACCGGCCGCCGUGAACGAGGCCGAGCCCAAGCUGACUGCAUCCGGCCGUCCUCGUCCACCGACCUACUUCUCUGCGCAGUCGUAUCUUCGCUACCAGGGUGACAAGUUCGUCAAGCGAUUUGAUGCCAACUGCUACAUCGCCAUGACCCGCAAGCUCGAUACGCACGACGUGUCCCGCCGCCGCGGCAAUGCUAGCACCGACACCGAGGAUACCGUCCUUGAGGCCCUCGGGCGCGUAGAGCAGCCAGCUCUAGUUCUGGGCAUCGAGUCGGAUGGUCUGUUUACAUUCGCGGAGCAGCAAGAGAUUGCGGCUGGCAUCCCCAAUUCUCGCCUCGAGCGCAUCGAUAGCCCCGAGGGCCAUGACGCAUUCUUGCUUCAAUUUGAACAGGUCAACCGCCACAUUGUCGAGUUCUUCCACGAAGUCCUGCCCGAUAUCAUGGCAAAAUCAGGUGCUGAUGGUGCCGCUGCUGUGGCCAGUGUCACUAAGAUGACAAAGAGCAGCACUUUCGGUGAGGCCGAGGUGGAGGAUAUCACCGCUUGGUAA